GUUUAGAUCCCCCGUUAGGUAUAAAAAAGGCUUAAAUCCAGGAUAGGAUUGCUACAGCAUCACUCACUGUAUCAGCCACCAUGCACGGAAAGGUAGGUUUGUGGUAAACCAUCAUGAUAUUUUCAUCAGGUUUUUUCAUGGCUUUGUUUAAUUUACAGUAGAUGUUGUUAAAUGCAAAAUCAGGCCACAUGGAUGCAUUUCCUAUGCUUAACUGAACAGCUGCAUACAUGUGAAAGUGAGAGUUAGUUGAUCAGCUGUUGAUUGGUUUGUUUGAUUCCAGAUCAUCUUUUACGAAGACAGGAACUUCCAGGGUCGCUCCUAUGAGACCAGCACCGACUGCGCCGACAUGGCCUCCCACCUGAGCAGGUGCCACUCCUGCAAGGUGGAGAGCGGCUGCUUCAUGGUGUACGAUCGACCCAACUUCCAGGGAAACCAGUAUCUAGUACGAAGAGGCGAGUACUCAGACUACCAGCGAAUGAUUGGUUUCGGCGACUGCAUCAGGUCCUGUCGUAUCAUUCCCACGGUAUGACUUCAUGAUAUCUAACAUGUUUAGUUUCUAAGUUACUUAACAACUCCUAACUUUUUCUUUACAUCUUUUUCCACAGCACAAAGGCUCCUAUAAAAUCAAGAUCUACGAAAUGGAGAAUUUUGGAGGCCAGAUGAUCGAACUGGUGGAAGACUGCGACAACAUCCAGGACCGCCAUCACAUAUCCGACUGCCAGUCCUGCAAUGUGAUGGAUGGCCACUGGCUGAUAUACGAGCAGCCCCAGUUUAGAGGCAGGAUGAUGUACCUGAGGCCCGGGGAGUACAGGAGCUUCAAGGAGAUGGGCUACGACGGACUGAGAUUCAACUCCAUCAGACGAAUUACUGACUCCUGCUAA